AUGGCGGCUCUCCACGAGGAAGUGCGGACUCGCUACCACAUCGCUGUGUGCACGCGGUUUGUUGAACGAGUUUGCGUAGAUACCCCUAGUCCUACAGCGGAGUUUAUUUACAAGAUGGCUCUUAACGAAAACCUGAAGGAUAUUACGGAUGUAUGCACACUUCCUCGUGUGUCUCUUUUGCAGCUUAACUCUCUACCCUGCUCUUUAGUGUUGCAGGUGAGCAGUUCCAGGGACGUGACUCAGCCGCUGCGGCCCUGUUUGGAUGCAAGCGAGGAGGAACCGAUCUUGACAGCAGCUUUUCAAAAAAACCUCAAAACACGUCUUCUGCGGCUUGUUCUAAGUGAUGGGCACUCUGAGGUACCCGCUGUUGAGUUGUCUACGCUCAGCGUGUUUCGUUCCAUACCAGUUCCCGGGGAAAAGCUACUCGUAAAGGAAGGUGCCGAAAUAAAAAAUGGUGCUAUUAUAAUGACAGACGAUUGUGUUGUGCCCCUCGGUGGUGGGGUACAACAACUGAAAAAGGAGGUACUCAUCCAACAGAGCAGAAGCGACGCGCCACGAUUCCAACCCCUGCGGUUUGGUGUUUCCACACCAGCAGGGGCCCGUGCGGCAGCUGGGCCACUCUCCGAUUCUUUCGAUAGGGAUCGUGGGGGAAAUGUUGGGCGUGCGAGGGGAAGAGGAUUAGGCUACCGCGGGGGAAGGGGGUCAGGGUAUCGGGGCCAACGACCUCAUAACCACCACUAUAACCGACCUCAGUAG